ACCCUUCUUUUGCUGCUGCUUCAGUUGGGGAUCCACCACUGUCCACACAAACUACCAUCCACACUUUCGGGCAGGUCCCGUAUUCCUUGUAUCCCACUCCCACUCAGCAGUCCCAACCGACCACCGAAAAGCAACCACUAGUCAGAGCGACCGUUUGUCUCGGAGCACGGCAGCCACGGAACAACAGCAGCUGCUCGAGCACAGCGAGUACCGGCGCAUUGACCUCGACGUCUCGCUUCCGUCGCCAGCUAUCCGACUGCAAAUUCGGCCAGCGCUGUAGCGAGAGUGUUGUGCUACCCUGCCACAGUCUAUAUCCAUCGACGCCACGAAAUAGCCUUGAAGGGUCCGACACGGCCUGCUCCUAUUUCACCCAUAGUCUCACCAAAUCUAGACUUGUCGACAGCAUCCUUUCAGCUGUAAUAAAUUAUUACCGAGCUCAUCUCAAACAUAACUACGCCUCUCCUUUCGCCACUUCCUUACACCACACGUCACGCUUAUUCCCCCAUCUGAUACUCUCCAUUUGAGUGCCCACUCGUUCUCUUCACUAUCACAUUCGUUUGACAUCACAUUCUUUACCAAGCACCACGGCUGGCCCGUAUCCUCAAACUAUCUUUAAGAUGAUGCCUCAUCCAAACGAACUCUUUCCCAGGAUGGACUGGUAUCGACGAGAGAACUGUGUUACUUGCAAUGACACGACACCUACUUGCAAUUGCUCCUCUUCGGAAAAGUGCAUUCUCUCCUCUAGAACGUGCAGCCAAUGCCCUACAAUUCAGUGUAUCGCCAAAUCGUCAAGUUCAGGUGGAUCAAGCGUUAACGUCGGAGCUAUUGUCGGACCGAUAGUAGCGGCUCUGGUGAUUGCAAGUUUGGGAUUGUUUUGGUGGAUGAGAAGGAAGAAGAGAAGAGAUCUCAAGCGUGUCGAAGAACUGGCCGCGCGAGCACGCAAAGCCGAAUCAGCAGGUUUCCAACUCUCCCCGACCGGUUCUCCAGCUCCUGGUUCUGCCCACUCUCGUUCUCCCAACACUCACGAUCUCCCACUUCCGCCUUCUUCAGCCACUCGUCGGUCACCAUUACCCCCGGUACCUGUCAAUGCAGAAUACUAUGACGAAAAUGGCGCGACAAUCCGGGUAUACUCUACAAACGGCACUAUCAACGCUGAUCCCAAUGGUGAUCCAUUUUCCGAUAGACAGAGUAUCUCAACGAUGGGGAGUGGAGGUACAGCCAAUAUCAUUCCUAUCCAAUGGAUUCCACCUUCCAACUCGGAAGACGGGUUAUCAAAGAUGGCCACUCAGCCUGCGCAAAGCGCGGCCGCCAGAGCACUUGAUCAGGCGAGACAAAAUCUAUUCAAACCCGGUGCCGCCCCGACCCGACCCGCACGUUCCCCUGACCUUGACCUACGUCUCAACCCCCCAAGCUCUUUUGACCUAAGCGCUUUGGAAUCCCCCAACGCCAACACUUACCGUGACUCUUACCUCUCUGGCAACUCCGCCGCUCCAUCCUACUUUUCCGGUCAAUCCGAUCUCAAUAUCGACGCGCCAAAGAUUGUCACUUCGAAGCAAGUUCAAGUUGGAAGGUUGCAGCAAGCAGAGAUGGUGCAAUUUGGAGGGAAGCAUGCGCAGAUGAUGGAGGUACUUGGCGGUUCGUCGAUGUUGGGGUCUACUAGGGAUGGAGAUUAUCCGUUUGACCAGCACCCUGCCGAACGCGGAGUGGGGCCUGCGCCAGGGCUAUCACCGAGCGAUGCUUCCUUCCGAUCGGGUAGAACUGGUGAAGCUGUUCGGACGCUCACUCCUGUGAGUCGAAAGUUUGAUGAAGAGGAGAGACUUGAGAGUGGGUCUACAUCCCCUGGCGAUUUGCGGUUCUCCAUGGGUAGUCUGGCGUACCGCGAUAGCACAAGCACCAUGGGUACGAGUAGGUACCUCGCCUCUGCUACCACUGUUGCUGUCCCCACCGCGGGCAUAUCCCCUACACUCUUAACCUCUACCUCUACACCCAACACGGCCAAUCACGAAGCAAGAGCGAGCGUCGUCUCAUCUAAAUCAUACGCCGAUUCCGUCCUUGGCGCUUUCCCCAUGAUCCCUCCCGACUCUCAUCGCCCACCUCUCCCGCCCAAUGCCAGCUUUAUCGCAAAUUCCAACUCUACGAUGCACACCAGUGUCCCACACUCUACAUCCGUCGACACUCUUGAUCGAGCUCUCAUCUCCCGUCCACCACCUUCGUAUCGCCCUCCUCCCCCUGGCCCACGACCACCAAGCUCAGCAAGAGGGUCGACAGCUGCGGAGCUGCUACGUGAGCAGGGCGAGAGGGAAGAUGGUGAAUUCGAUGAGGGGAAGGAAGGAGCGGGAGGGAAGAAGAAAAGGCCCGAGACGCAGACGAGUGUAGCAGAUAGUUUAUUGGGCAGUUUCCCGUUCGUACCCCCGAAUGUGGAUGACCUUGCGGGUCUACCGUCACCAUCACAAAGAAACUGAGUUUACGAAUGGAAGGAGAACGGACAUCAGAAAGGAGUUGUCUCUUAUGGGUUAUGAACUGUGCGAUGGGUGUAUUUUAUCAUGGGAUUUCUUUCUACUUUUAUUUUAAGGGUUAUGUCUCAACUUGUACCGAGGGGUAUAGGAUGGUUUACGAAAUGCAUGACAAAGACUUAUGCUACAAUGAUGGUCGUCGUCUUGCCAAUGUCAUGUUGCUCAAUCGGCGAAUCAUAAAUCGCGUAUUUUCCACCUCUUACUUGCUCGGAUCGAUCGGUGUCAGCCUUUUUAAUCCCACCUCUUCAUUCAUCAUCUCCAUCCCAAACACACCGGGACGCAAUAUCGCGCCCCCUCCCAGCCCGCCCAGCCCCCCAACCCCAGUCCCAAAUCUCGGAGAAUUCCCACCACCAUACCCGUAUGAAUGAACGAAGGGAGGACCAAAUGGCGAGAUUGUACCAGGAUCAGAAAGCACAGCAGCAAGAGAAGUAGUUUCCGAGGGUGAGAAUAGUUCGGGGGAAGACCGCUCUGUGGCAAUGGAGGUUGAACGGGAGGGUAGAGGCCUGUGGGGUCCCUCGUUGGACGUUGAUUUGUCGCUGGCAUCAUCAUUUCCAUGAAUAUCCUGCUCCUCUUCUCCCUUUUCAGCCGUAACAUCCAUAUCAACGGUCGUACCAGUAUCACCUUCGAAACUUGCACUACUUUUUAGUAAUGGACAGAGUUUAUCGGCGAGGAUGGAAGAUUUUGAAAAUCCGGGACGCGGUGCAUGAAGGGGGAUGGUCCGUUCCUUGUGUUGGAUAUGUUCACCAUUGUUUUGAGGGAAAAGACUUAUAGUUUGAGAAGUUGAAUAUGAAGAAGGGAGCGGAUGGGCUGAGAGAGAUAUGGACGGAGAAGCAACAUCGGUGGAGAGUGAUGGAAUGGGAUGAGGAGGCGAGUGUAUUGAAGAUUGCGUUGCAUUUGAGGAGGGUCCAGAGGGUUCUUUUAGAGGCUCUCCAAACUCGGAUUUUGUCUCGGCUGUACCUUGGUGUUUCUCCUCAUGCGAGAGGAUGUCCUCUCUAUUCUUGCUUGUCACUGAACAUACAUUAAGAAGUCAGCAUAAGAGGACAGUAUACUAGCGAAGAAGCUGUACCAGCGUCUUUAAUCGACUCGUUUAUGCGUCCGAUCAAACUGGGUUUGGUAUGCCAGACUUCUCCCUGAGUAUAUGGCUGCGUCGAAGUUGUUGUGCUUGUUGGCUUGGUAAAAGAGGAGAGGCUAAGAUGAAGUGUCAGUUAUGCUACAUGAU